GUAAUAAUAAACCAUAAAAAUAAAAUCCAUAAAAAAGAAGAUUGAUAAUAAUAAAUAUAUAAAGAUGGACCGUGGAACUUUUUAUUUUAAUUUGUCUCCAAUUUUAUUUUAUAUAAUUCUGAUAUAAUUUUUAAAAAUUCGUUUUUUUUUUAAAUUCAGAGUAUUAAAAAGUAGAUUAUGCUAUAAGAGUUAAGUUCAAUAAUGCAUGAAAAUAUAACAGAAAAAGAUAUAAAUGAUGUUUUUGAUGAUAUCUUACUUUUUGAAGAAAAUGUGAUCGGCCAAUCUUACGACGAAGGUUUCAAAAUAGGUGUACUCCAAGGAAAUAAAGAGGGAUAUCACCUAGGAUACCACAGAGGUGCAGAAAUAGGUGCUGAAAUAGGGUUUUAUUUAGGACUAGUUGAAAAAUAUAUAGAUUAUUAUUCUAAAUUUGAAGAGACACCAACCAAAAUAAUUAACUCUUUAGAAGUUUUAAAAAAGCUGACAUUAGAUUUCCCGAAAAUUAAUUCUGAUGAAAUUGAUUUAUUUGGCCUAUUAAAUAAUAUAAGAACAAGAUUUAAAAAACUUUGUGCUCAAAUGAAAAUAAAUAUAAGUUAUCCAGAGAAAAACAACUUAAACUUUUAAAAAAUGACUUCAAGGUUAAUACCAUUAACAGAAACUAUUGAGCAAAUUGUUAAUUAUUUAGAACAACUGUUGCCACUAGCUAAUGUUCAUAUGGUGGAUUAUUUUACGAAUAAUGUAUAUAAAUCACACGUUCCUUUAAAUAUUCAAAAAGAAAUUGCAGAAUUUGGAAACAAAUACAUAAUUGAAAGAUUAUUCAGUAAUGACUUUAGAGAUUUACCAAAUUUGAACAAUUAUGUCAAAAAGUCACAGGAAUUCACUUUAAAAAACUUAGAAAUCUGUUUAAACACGGAAAACCUUAUAGAUAAUUUAUCUUUAAUAGGUUGUUCCAAACCUUUGAGGUUAAAAUUGGACAUUUUUAUGACUCCUAAAAAAUCUCACGAAGUAGAUAUACUUAGUUAUGUAGCUGCAAUUGUAAAAAAUAUUUCUGGGACAACACAUUUAAUAGAUAUUGGAGAUGGUAAAGGUUAUUUAAGUUCAAUGUUAGCCUUACAUCAUAAAAUACCUGUACUAGGUGUAGAUGUUUCCCAAAUGAAUACAGAUGGAGCUGCUAAGAGAGUUAAAAAAUUAUCCAGAGUUUGGAAUAGUGAAAUCAAUAAAAGGGCAAAUGAUAACUGUUCACCUGCAUCUAAAGUAAAUUAUUUAGAUAAAGAAAAAACUUCAGAACAUUUGUACAAACAAAUAACACAAUAUGUUGAUGAAAAUAUUGAUUUUGUAGGACUUGUAUCAAAUAUUUUUUUAGAAAAACCUAAUGGAUUAGGCCUUGUAGGUUUACAUACUUGUGGAAAUUUAGCUCCUACUUGCUUAAGAAUUUUCACUAAGAAUAAAAGCAUUCAAACUAUUUGUAAUAUUGGCUGUUGUUACCAUUUUAUUAAAGAGGCCUUUGAGGAAGUUGAUAUUUGUAUAAGACAUAAUGAAAGUACAAAAGAAGGGUUUCCAAUGAGCGAUUUUCUUAAAACCAAAAGGUUAAAAAUUGGAAGAGCAGCAAGAAUGAUUGCUGCUCAGUCCAUGGAAAGAAUUUUAGAAAAAAAGGAGUUGCCAAAUGAAACUAUAUUUUAUAGAGCAUUAUUUGAAAUAAUUCUAAAAACAGAGUUUAAACAUUUACAAUCUGAGGAAAAGCAUGUCGGCAGAUUUAGAAAAAAACCAGCAAGUUUCUUAGAUUAUACAAAAAAAGCUUUAAAAAGAUUAAAUUUAAACAUAAAUAUGACUGAGGUUGAAAUUCAAAGUUUGUUAAAUGAAUAUGAAGAGAGAGAAUAUGAACUUUACAUUUUCUUUUUAUUGAGAAAUAUGUUGUCUCCCAUUAUUGAAAGUCUAAUUUUAUUGGAUAGACUUUUAUAUUUACAAGAAAGAGGUUUUGAAAAUUCUUUUGUGGUACAAUUUUUUGAUCCAGUUGUAUCUCCAAGAUGCUAUGGCUUGGUAGCUAUGAAAUAAAACCUAUUGUAUAAUAUUUAUGUUAAUUAAAUUAUAUUUAAUAAA